AUGAGCUACCACAGCAACCUCGUACUUCCCGCCCUUCAAACCGAGAAAGAACAAGAAACGCAAACACAGAAUGGGUACGAAAGCAGCGUUUGGCGUUUCAAGGGCAGCGACACGGCAGCGAAAGCUUCCAGCGUCACAAUGAGAGUUAUCGUCUACAAGCUCUUCGAUCUUUGCAGCCCCGAUGUCAAAAAGACACUUUUACCCCUUGCCCACGGCGACCCUUCUGUGUACCCUUGCUUCCGCACUUCUAUCCACGUCGAGAACGCCAUCGUGGACGUCCUCCGCUCGGGCAAGGGUAACUCUUACGGCCCCGCAGCAGGAAUUCUCCCCGCCAGACAGGCGGUAGCCGAUUACGUGAACCGGGACUUGACGAACAAAGUAACGCCUAAUGAUGUAUAUAUGACCGUGGGAUGCAACCAAGGGAUAGAAGUCGUGAUUCAAUCGCUAGCUCGACCAAAUGCCAACAUCCUUCUCCCACGGCCUAGUUACCCUCACUACGAGGCUCGUUCCGUCUACAGUGGACUCGAGGUCCGCAAGUACGAUCUCCUUCCCGAGAAAGAAUGGGAGAUUGAUCUCCAAGGCAUCGAAGCCAUGGCAGACGAAAACACGGUCGCAAUGGCUAUUAUAAACCCUAACAACCCUUGUGGAAAUGUCUACUCUCACGAUCAUCUCAAAAAGGUGGCGGAGACGGCCCGAAAGCUGGGAAUAAUGGUGAUCACCGACGAGGUUUAUAGCCAGACAAUCUUUGGAGACAAUCCUUUUGUUCCAAUGGGGAAGUYCUCUUCGAUAGCUCCGGUUAUCACUUUAGGUGGUAUAUCGAAAGGGUGGGUUGUUCCCGGUUGGAGAAUCGGCUGGAUCGCUGUGAAUGAUCCCCACGGCAUUGUCAAAUCCACCGGGGUGGUUCAAUCCAUCCAGCAGAAUCUGGACAUAACUCCAGACCCUACCACAUUGAUUCAGAUUGCGCUUCCCGAGAUCCUAGGGAAAGCGAAUAAAGAGAUGUUUGCGAAAAAGAAUUCGAUACUGAAACAGAACGUGGAAUUGGUCUGUGAUAGGCUCAAGGACAUUCCUGGCGUGGUCGUCACCAAGAAACCUGAGUCAUGCACUUACUUAUUGACAAAGCUGGAGCUUCCGUUGAUGGAGGACAUAGAAGAUGACAUGGAUUUCUGUAUGAAGCUAGCCAAAGAAGAAAACCUAGUCUUGCUACCAGGAGUUGCUUUGGGAUUGAAGAAUUGGAUGAGGAUAACGAUCGGAGUAGAAGCUCAGAUGCUGGAAGAUGCACUUGAGAGACUCAACGGUUUCUGCAAACGCCAUCUCAAGAAAACAGAGGCUUCUUUUCAAGCUAUGAAGCUAAGCAACAAUGGCGAAAUCUAA